AUGGCGAAACUGUCUUUCAAGGAUUCUCUUAAAGCUCUAGAAGCUGACAUCCAACACGCUAACACACUAGCUUUAGAUUAUCCUCGGGAGAAGGAUGGAGCUCGUGUUCAGAUGAGAUUAUCGUACAGCCCUGCUGCUCAGUUUUUUCUUUUUCUUGUGCAAUGGACUGAUUGUCACCUCGCUGGUGCACUCGGUUUGCUCAGAGUUCUUAUCUAUAUGACUUAUGCAGAUGGAAAAACCACAAUGUCUGUUUACGAAAGAAAAGCUAGCAUGAGAGAGUUCUAUGCUGUGAUAUUUCCGUCUUUGUUGCAACUACAAAGAGGUAUUACAGACUUAGAAGACCGGAAACAAAAGGAGGCAUGCAGUAUGCGGUACAGGAAGAAGGAUGAGACCGAGAAGCGUGAGGAGGUCUCGGAGAUUGAGAUAGAGCGAGAAGAAGAAUGCGGAAUCUGUAUGGAGAUGAACCACAUGGUCGUGCUUCCCAACUGUACUCAUUCUUUGUGCAUCAAAUGCUAUCGCGAUUGGAGAGGGAGGUCACAGUCAUGCCCGUUCUGCAGAGACAGCCUUAAACGAGUAGAGUCUGGAGAGCUGUGGAUGUUCUUGGAGAAAACCGAAACAGUGAAUCUGUCUGCAAUCGUGAGAGAGAAUCAGAAACGGUUGUUUGUGUUCAUUGAGAAGUUACCACUAGUGGUUCCAGAUCAAUCGUUUGCGUCUUCUCCUUACGAUUGCCAUGUUAGGUGA